UCAGCCACCGCCACUGAUACCAUGAAACGAGGGCAAGUGCAAACGCUCUGUGUUCUCAAAGCAUGCCAAAACUAUAUGGCCAAUACUUCACAACUCAAAACAAGGGCUCCCACAACUCUUGUUGGUCCUCCAGAGCUCAAAUCUUUAUCGCCGCCGCUGCCGCCGCUGCAACCCCAAUUAGUACCGAAACCUGCUUUCAGUCUUAGCCACGGGACCAAGAUCCCCUGCUCCUACGGUAACCCCUGCCUUGAUCUCUAUUUCCUCGUCCUGCCAGGCACUCCGGACUCCGGUAGCUAUCUGAAACAACUGCUCCCGCUGGCCUGGUCCCACAAUUCCUUAACCACCCUCAAGCUCAUCUGCAAGCUACUAGGCAGAAACUGCGACCUCGAAGAAUUGUUCUACACGGCGGCGCUUUGGCUCCACCAGAACCACCCCAAGACCCUAGCGCACAACCUCCUGCCAAUUGCUGGGUCGUUGGGGCGUUUCAGAUCCCUUCUCGAGGUUCUGUACGGGGUUCUAGAAGGCCGGGAUGAUGCCAACUACAAGAGGAAGAGGAUAAAGAGAAUGCAAGACCUGCUGGAUUAUUAUGAUAACCUGAUAAUUAAAACAGUAGGCAGCGGGAGGCGUACUAGUAGCAAGAAGAGAGAGAAGAUCAUCGCCAUGGCCAAGAAAGCCAUUGAGAUGUACAAGGGUGACCAAGAUUAUCAGUUUCUACAUGAGCGGGUUUCGGAUAUUUACGCUGAGUGCUUGAAGUAUGAUAUCAAAAGUUUGAAGAAAUUUGAGCAGCAGGAAAAGGACAAUGUCAAUGAUCCUAAGCACUCCUUGAAGUUGGGGUUAACAGAUGCAGCGACGUGGUGCCCUUCCGUGGAUUCCUUUUUCGACCGAGCCACUUUGCUCUGCGAGAGCAUUGCAAAGAAGGUUUUCCCGCGAGAGCAAUGCUCGCAAGGCAGUUGUGCUGAGGAGGAGGAGGAGGAGGAGGAGGCUGAUUACACGUCCAGAGUCCGAGAG